AUGGCUUCCAUCGCGGAGGCCCCUGCAGCUGACUGUGCCCCCGUCCAGACCGCGGGGUUUCCCCCAGCGCAGGACGGAGCAUCAACUAGCGCAGGCACGGGCUCUCCCUGUGUCUCUGCGGCCAGAGGGGCAACCGCGGGCACAUCGACCUCUCGAAUGGUCGAGUCCCGCGGCGCAACACCCGCCGAGGCCGCCGGGCCAGCAAACUCUCGCAAUGCGACCGGCGAGGCUCUCGGUGGCACACCCGACUCUUGCUGCCUCGUGUUCGGUAGUGCAGCAGCCUUCCGAAUAUUACAGAAGGUUUCGACGCGGCCGCAGGCGGGGCGCGGGGGGCGUCGGCGGCCGAGGCCGGGGGCGGCGGGGGCGGCGGGGGCGGCGUCCACGGUGUUCGUGGUGCGCGUGACGCGCGGCCUGCGCGGCUACAACAGCCGCCUGUUCGGCCGCUGGAGCCGCUGGUCCGACUGCUCAGACUCGUGCACCACGCACCGCACUAGGUGGUGCAAAAGGCCUCCUAUGUGUGGUGCCGAUAUUGUCCGGGAGGAGGCCUACUGCUACAUGGAGAACAGUAGCUGCCAGCGCUGGAUCCAGAGGCAUAUCUGGAGGCAGGUGCCCGAUGCAGAAUCUUCACAAGAGUCCGAGGAAAAUGCUCUUGAUGAUGGAAACUCGCUGGAAGCAGAGUCUGAUGACAUCUGGCAGUGUGGAGUGCCUGCAGGGAACAAAGGUAGCCCAGCCUGGUCACUCACGAGGAUUGUCGGAGGAAGGCCUGCGAGCAAAGGCAGGUGGCCGUGGCAAGUCGCUAUACUCAACAGGUACAAGGAAGUGUUCUGUGGAGGAACAUUGGUCGCUCCCCGCUGGGUGCUCACAGCGGCUCACUGCCUGAGGCGCCGCAUGUACGUGCGUCUGGGUGAACACGACAUAUCACAGCAUGAAGGCACAGAAAUUGAAUUAAAGGUGGAGGCAGCGAUCUCACACCCAUCCUACGAUGAUGAAACAGUGGACAGUGACCUCGCACUGCUCCGAUUGCCCUUUGCCAUAAGGCCCAGUCGCUACCAAGGGUUAGCCUGUCUUCCUGAACAGGGGCAAAUCCUUCCUGCUGUUGGCUCAAAGUGUACAGUGAUUGGCUGGGGGAAAGCCCAGGCUCAUGAUCCAUUUGGAACAGAUCUGCUGCAUGAGGUCCAGGUUCCUAUAGCUCGCUUGGAGUUAUGUCGUCGAGUAUAUCGUGAAUACCGGAUUACAGACAACAUGUUUUGUGCUGGUUACCUCAACGGCCGACGUGAUAGCUGUGCUGGAGAUUCAGGAGGUCCCCUUCUGUGUCGCUCUCGAGGGAGAUGGACAAUAUUUGGAAUAACAAGUUUUGGUGAAGGUUGUGGCAAGAAACGACGUUUUGGUAUUUAUACACGUCUCUCCAAUUAUGUUGAGUGGAUACGCGAUGUCAUUGGCAAUGGACAUUAGUCUGAUAGCGCCCACAGAGACCUUUGUUCUGUGUCUUAAUACUGCAUUGCCUCUAUUAUUGCUAUGAGCACUUGUGCCAGUAAACUGAGCUGAAGCAGACACUUCUGAAUAAGAAGAAAAUUGAAUCCAUCAAAUAUUUUUAUUAGUGGCUGUAUCAGCCAUGAUAAUCAUCUCACGAAACAAAAAAAAAAAAAAAAAGCAUUAUUUGCUUAAUGUAGACA